AUGCGCACGCAAGCCCGUCUGUACCUGUCCGCCCUGCUCGCUGCCGGCUGCAACGCCGCCGCUCGUCCACAAAAGGCUUCUCCUCCACGUGCCAUAGUGCCCGUCGACUGGGCCCAGCCCGCACUGCCUGCAAAUGUACCAAACGCUCCAAACGCUCCAAAUGCAUCACAGCCGCCCAAGGCACCCAGUGCACCCAAUGCACCAGGCGCACCAAGUCUACCACAGCUCCCUCAAGUCCCCGAUAUACCACAGCCGCCACAGGUCCCUCAAGCAGCACCAAAACCCCAGCACCCAACGCCAGUCGCCGUAUCAGCCAAUGCCACUACUCCUCCUCCCAAUGCACCGACCGGGCCUAUUGCUAUGGCAGAUCCUGCACGCCCACCAAUUCCUGUUGGUGUACCUCACUCGGCACCGCUCUACACAAAUAAAAGCACCGUCACUUCUCUACUGCCAACGCCAGCCCUCGUCAAUUACACCAUUGACCCAUUCAUCGACAACCUCAACUUCACAAGGAAAAAGUUCACGGGUACCAGAGGACCUUGUACUGGCUGUGUCCUCUCAGCCAAGCCUAUUACUACCUCAUUUGUCCAGAGCUUUUUUGGCAAUCAGUGGACCAGCACCGUUGUGACAGCGACGGUUGUUACCGAAUACAUCACCUACAUGAACAACAACACCAUUGACACAAUCGUCACCGAAAAACACACCCUGAACCAGACAAAGACUGUCACAGGCGCCGACAAGAAGCCCAUCACUCUUACUACACCUAUAUUUAGUAUAAAGGUGACAGACGGUGCAUAUGUGACACUGGAAGCAGGUCCCACAUACGUCAUCUACAACAACCUGGUCGGCGGCCCAGACCUCUAUGAGCAACAGCAUUUCCCCCAGAGCAAUGCGACCCAAAGCCAGUGCACACCGGUAGUCACGCAAUUGCAUAACUGGCAGCCUGCCAAAACAGCAUUCCAUGACUGGAAUUACUUUAUCGAAACGUACUCGACCGGCCUUCCCAAUUGCACAACACAAAGCCAGCCCACCCGAUUGCCUUCCAAGCUUCUUGAAUAUCUGGAGCAUCAACCUGCUAUUCAGUCACAGUUCCAGGGUGCAGAUCUUGCUUCAUGUUCCGCCAGCGCGCCCAUGAGUAAGUCGGCCCUGCCUCCUGCUGCCGUCUUACCCAGUGGCUCCAAUCUCGAGGGCGCACCGCCCGCCCCUUUUUUUCCAUCAAUAACGGGGACUUUCCUUUCGACAACGUACCAGUCAACUUCCGUCUUCAAGACAGUGCAAGGUUGUCUGAGGUGCGACGGGGGCCAAGUCCCCUUUGGGGGCUCCCCAGUGACACAAAAUGCUGCUGAAUCUUCGCCUACUCCCACGGGCAAAUCCAAUACCCCUAAUGGGUCACCUGCGAAUGGGGACCAACCUAACGGACAAACUGGAAAUGGACAUAAUCCUAAUGGAUCCAACGGAAAUGGAGAUACGCCCGGCGGACAAACUGGGAGCGGGGAUAAUUCUAAUCCAUCCAACGGAAGUGGGGGUAAUUCCAAUCAAUCCAACGGAAAUGGGGAUAAUUCUAAUCAAUCCAACGGAAGUGGAAACAAUCCUAACGGACAAAGCGGAAAUGGAAACAAUCCCAACGGACAAAGUGGAAAUGGAAACAAUCACAACGGGCAGACUGGAGAUGGAAAAUACCCCGCCAACUUGCCUGAUUCGGGCCAAAUCAAUACUGCUGGAUCGAACAACCAGGGCCAAGGCGGCUCGACUUCCAUUCCCCCUCUAAUCAUCAUUGGAGACCAUACCAUCAAGCCAGGGGAGACCACAACCGUUGACGGAGUUCCUAUUGUCAACCCUACAGACGGUGGAGGAACAAAGAUUGUUGUAGGCAGUAGUACACUCGUUUAUGAGACUGCACCAACGCCAAUUGCUCCUGCAAUCACCAUCGGUGGGGGAACAGUCACUGCAAAUCCUCAGGGAGAGUAUGUCGUGGGCACCGAGACGUUGAAGCCAGGGGGCGCCCCGGUCAUCGUCAACGGCAACACGGUAAGUGUAGGCUCCAAUGGUGUCGCUGUUGUCAAUGGAGUUACACAGACGAUCGCUGGUGGGUCUGCACCUACUGCGCCACCAGGAUCACCGGGAUCACCAGGAUCGCCAGGAUCGCCUGCGCCACCUGGUCCCGUCAUAGGUGAUCGAACUGCAUUUACGGUUUUGCCUGGAGGCUCGACAGUCUAUGUUGUAUCGCCUGGCCAGACCGGCGGAAGCGGUUGGAUUGUACAAGGCGGCACAACAGCUUACGUACUCGCUUCGGGCCAAACUCUCACACCAGGUGGUGUUCUCACUGUUGCGGGCACCACAUACUCUCUGCCCGCUGCCGCGCCAGGCUCUACCCCAGGCUCUGUCCCUGGCGCUGCCGUCGUCGUGAAUGGCGUUACGUCCAUCGUACCGUCGGGCCAGAAUGCUGGUGGAAGUAACUGGGUUGUGCAAGGCGGUACAACCGCCUACGUAGUUGCUCCAGACCAGACUCUCACACCUGGCGGCGUCGUUACUGUCUCAGGUACUACAUACUCUCUGCCCUCUGGCACGCCAGGUCAUGUCAUCGUCGUCAACGGCGUUACAUCCACCAUACCCUCUGGCGCCAUCAUAACGGCUGCUCCAGAGGUGACAGCGCUGACAAUCAACGACAUUACGUACGCACAAACCGUAAGAGAUGGAACAACGGAAUAUGUGCUGGGAGAUGGCACGACACUCGUACCUGGUUCAACAAUUGUGAUGGAUGGAACAACGUACUCGUUGGACAAUUCAGGCACGGCCUUGGUAAUCAAUGGACAGAAGACGAGCACCAUCCCCAAGCUGCCAAAGAGCACCAGUGCGAGCACGACCAGCACGGCGAGCUCGGACUCGCCAUCUUCAACAGUCAGUCGCAACGCUGGUGAUAUUAUCGCGAGUGGUGUCGGCGCGACCAGCAAAGGCCUUGGUGCUUCAGUGCAUGCCGUGGGCAUCGACAAAUGGGUGGAGGGCCUAAUCAUUGGCGUUGCAGGCUGGCUCGCAAUGUUAUUAUAA